ACUCUGAAAUACAGUGUCAGAGGCGAUGGAGACGGAGAUGGAGUUCUCCGAUGUUGAGCAAACCUAGUGAUAAGUAUAAAAGGAAUGGUCUUUAUGGGACCUCAUGCAUUGGGUUAGAGAAUGGGAUCGAGAGGAAAAGACAGGAACAGGAACAUGAACAGCUGCCUGGUUAAUAUAUCUUUAUCUCUAACGGCAGAACAAAACCUGAUUGCUACCGUUACCGUGUAUCAAAACCAGGGAUGAAAGCUUUUCCUCUAUGACUUUGAGAAGAGACUUCUUUAUGGUUGGUAUCUAUGGAAGCUACUAUUGGCGGCAAGUUGGAUAUAGAAUCACAAGCUUUUGACAAGAAAUAUCCUGCUCAGGUUGGAUUUGGAAUUGUUAACAACUGUUAUCCCUUGCCAAAAAGCAUUUUCAAGUCUGCUAUCUAUGAGAAGUACAAAGGCUGCCACAAGUUUAAGCAAGAACUUGCUCCUCACCAAGUUUAUGUCUCUGUUAUCAUUAUUUCGUUCUUUUAUUUCUCCAGAACUCCAUGCAUUACCUCAUAGAUUCGGUUCCAGAGCCUCAACAGCACCCAGGGAGCUAUCUUUUGAGGAGCGGUUCAUAGCUGCUGCACAACUUAGAAAUGGGUCGUCAGUUGAGAAACAUGAUUUUAUAUUCAGUUGGGAAACUGUUUGAUGCUGAAAACGUCUUUGAAUUUAGCUUUGCAGGAUCUGAGGAAACUUGUGCGUGGUGGAGAAGCUUGGACGCAAAUUAGUGCAACACUGCAACUCACUGGAAAAGAAGGACAAAGAGACAUAAGAGGUGUAGCUGUGUGUUGUUCAUCCAAACCGUUUAUAAUGGGAAACUGCUGCUCCGAUGUUUCCUCUGGAGCUGGGGCUAUAGCUGGCGUUGGUGGAACUGCUGCUAUCUCCUCCGCACGCGGCACUACUAACGAUGCCGUUGAUUACUAUCUCAAGUCUCGAGGUUUCAACGGCCUCUUCUCUCAUAUCGAGCUAUCGUUUUCUGCUUCCAAUUUGCGAGACCGUGACGUGCUUUCCAAGAGUGAUCCUAUGGUGGUUGUCUAUAGAAAGGAAAAAGAUGAGACACUUUCGGAAGUCUACCGCAGCGAAGUUGUUUUGAACUCCUUAGCUCCUAAAUGGAUUAAGAAAUUUACACUCGCGUAUCAUUUCGAGACUGUCCAGACAUUCUUGUUUCGUGUGUAUGAUGUUGACACUCAGUAUCAAAAUUCAAAAGAGGAGAUGCUUAAGCUUGACCAACAGCAAUUUCUUGGUGAGGCAACAUGUGUAUUGUCUGAGAUAAUCACAAAAUCAACUAAGACGAUUACAUUAGAGCUCAAGCGUAAAGAAGGCGUUACCGCACAGACUCAGCAUCACCAUGGGAAGCUUAUUAUCCACGCUGAGGAGUCCCUUGCUUCUAAGGUUACAACAGAGAUUGUAUUCAGAUGUUCUAGUUUGGAAUCUAAGGAUCUUUUCUCAAAAAGUGAUCCAUUUUUGGUGGUAUCAAAGAUUGUGGAGCAAGGAACUCCAAUACCAGUGUCUAAAACUGAAGUCCUGAAGAACAAUCUAAACCCUAUCUGGAAACCACUCUUUCUAAGUGUUCAACAAGUCGGUAGUAAGGACAGCCCACUGAUAAUAGAAUGCUCAGACUUUAAUUCCAAUGGCAAACACAGUCUCAUCGGAAAAGUUCAAAAAUCGCUUUCAGACUUGGAGAAACUUCAUUUGGCUGGCCAAGGAAUCAACUUGUCUUUGCCUACUACUGGUGCUGGACAAAGCAAGGUAUUAAAGAGCCAGCUUUUUGUGGAGAAGUUUACAGAGACUGUCCAGCACACAUUUCUAGAGUACUUGGCCUCUGGGUUUGAAUUAAGCUUCAUGGUAGCAAUCGAUUUCACAGCAUCAAAUGGAAAUCCACGCCUCCCUGAUUCUUUGCACUACAUUGAUCCUUCAGGGCAUUUAAAUGCUUACCAGAGAGCAAUAGUGGAUGUUGGAGAAGUAUUGCAGUUUUAUGACUCAGACAAACGUUUCCCUGCCUGGGGAUUUGGAGCUCGUCCAAUUGACUCUCCAGUUUCACAUUGCUUUAACCUCAACGGAAGCAGUUCAUACUCUGAGGUGGAUGGGAUUCAAGGAAUCAUGACUUCAUACACAAGUGCGCUCUUCAACGUCUCUCUAGCAGGGCCUACCCUUUUCGGUCCGGUGAUAAACUCCGCUGCAAUGAUAGCUAGCCAGUCUCUAGCUCAAGGUUCACGGAGAUAUUACGUCUUAUUAAUCAUCACAGAUGGUGUAAUAACUGACCUUCAAGAAACAAAAGACGCAUUAGUCAGUGCAUCGGAUUUGCCGUUAUCAAUCCUCAUUGUAGGAGUUGGAGGAGCCGAUUUCAAAGAGAUGGAGAUACUAGACGCUGAUAGAGGUGAACGGCUAGAGAGCUCGAGCGGGCGUGUGGCGUCACGUGAUAUCGUUCAGUUUGUAGCACUACGAGACGUUCAACAUGGAGAGGUUUCUGUAGUACAAGCGCUACUUGCUGAAUUGCCUUCACAGUUUUUGACGUAUAUGAGAAUCCGUAACAUGAAGCCAGUUCCUCUGUGAAUACGAUUUGUCAUGUGUGUAAAUGAUUUGCCAAAGGAAAGUGUACAUAAUAAGUAUAUACAUUACACGGUGCAAUUACAUUGGCUUUUUUUCGUUGUGUUUCUUCUUUUUCUGAAUCUUGGAUGUAAAAAAUUUCGACGAAUGAAGCAAUUUGUAAUGCCAACAAUGGAUUGGUUGUGUUUUGAAUACAUUAUAAAUGCAAAUGAUUUACGUUUA